AUGAUAAUGAAUUUCACAAGCUUUAUAGAACCAAAUCAAUCUGGUUCUCGUGUAUCAGAGCAAGAGUUGAAUAAUAAAUUGUUCGAAUGGGCGAUUGGCUUACAUCGAAAAGCGUUGAAAAUAUCGGGACUUUGGUUGUACCCAAAAUCGACAAAGUGGUAUAUAAAAAUCUUGAUGGACUUGCAGUCUCCAUUUUUUGCAGCGAGUGUAAUUGUCUUUUUCUCGACGCCUGAGAUAUUUGCAUUAAUCAGAGUUUGGAGUGAUUUGACGUUAGUUGUAGAUAACUUUUUAUCUUUCAUACCUGUUUUUAGUGGGCAAAUAAAAUUGCUGGUUUUGUGGACUAAAAGAAAAGCUAUAUCCCGUAUCAUAAAUUUAAUUGAAAAUGAUUACCUGGAACUAAAAAACGAUUCUGAGCGUAAAAUAAUGAUAAAAUACGCGAGAAUCGCUAAAAUAAUGAUGGUUUGUGGCGUAGCGAAUAUCAGCUAUAGCAUUAUAGUUUUCCAUGGUAGUGUAGCCUUCGGAUUUUUGUUCCGCACAAUUACUAAUUUAACUGACAUUCCAACUCAUUUGAUUUCCACACAAUCAGUUUAUCCUUUUGACAUAACAGUUGGGUAUCGAUGCUUAAUCAUAAGAAUAUUACACGUAAUUUUGUGUUUCAUCACUGGAUUCUAUUACACCGAAAUAGACGUUUUUUUUGGAAUUUCUAUAUUACACAGCUGUGGACAAUUGAAAGUUUUAGCUAAAGAGAUAAAUUAUUUGACGGAUUCUUGCCAGUCGUCGAUGAUCAAAAUAUUAUUGAAAAAUAUUGUUCUUCGACACUAUCGUAUAAUCAA